CCAUGUUUGUGACCGUUGACUAUAUAUACAAAUCAAAGCUUGCGACCAACUAUAUACAAUUAACACAUAUACAUCUCGAAAUCGCAAUACUGCAUACAGUCACACGUCAUACAUCCUUCAAAAUGGUGAUGUAAGGAGCAUGUGCAAUUGUAUAUAACGAAGAUAUUUAAUUAGUGCGUGAAACAAAGUGCAGAUAAUUCCUGAUCAUGAUUCUAAUACUAAGGAAUUGUAUGUUAAACCGAGGAAAGCUCUUCACUCAAGAAAUCAUAUCGCUCAAACGUACUUUCACGUAUCGUACGUACAACAAUGUUAAGAAAUACCUACCGGCUUUGCAAGCAAAAUACUUAUCCACCGAAAGUAAUAAAAAUGUCGAUAAAGAAUUGAUAUAUACUGGAAAUAUAAAUGCCAAAGUUCGUAAUUUGAAACUGUUUUCGCUGGUGUCAACAGUUGGAUCAAUGACUCUGCAACCAUUUUUAUAUAUGAACAUGACAGAUGAAAACAGUGCAACGACUUUGGCUAUGAUAUUUGCCUUAGCCAAUUUAAUUGCUAUAGGUAGUCCUGUCCUGGUACAUGCUUUAGCGAAGAGAUAUGUACUAGAGAUGUAUUACAAUCCUCAGGAAAAAGAAUAUAUCGCGAAAGUGUAUUCGUUUUUCUUCAAGAGAAACGAGAUAAAAUUUAAUCCCGAUGAGGUCUCCGAGCCUCAAACACGAUUUACUGGAAUCUUCACAUCGUGUUACGCAAAGAACUAUCCACUACUGUUCGAUCCAAGUUUAUUUACAAAUCCUCAACAUUACACCAUAAUCAUGGGGUAUAACAAGCCAAUAGUGUUAGAAGUGGAGAAGUUAAAAAUACCUCCUCCUGUUAACCGGCUUCCGAUGAUGGGACACGCUAGUCAAAUAGAAGAAAGUAAAAAUAAAGUAAAGAUCUAACUUUC